AGAAAAAAAGAAGCUGCGUCGUACGCUGUAAACAAGCGAUUCUCAUCGUAAAUAAAACGAUUAUUGAAUUCCUACAGCCGGAAACAAGUCAUUCGUGUGGAAAAAAUGUCCGAUGCCGAGAUGAAAGCGGUGGAUGAUUCGAAUGAAGACUCGUUGGAAGAUGAGGAAAGCCUGAAGAAGGAAGCUGGCGCUGGUUCCGGAGAAGGAAGCUCAUCCGACAGCGAUAGUGACGAUAUGGAUGAUGACGAUGAUGUAGCGGAGGAAGCCCGUCAGAUUAAGCAGUACCUGGAACUGCUGGGAAAGAUCCAAGAGGACAAGUACAACUACGACGUUUACUUGCAGCUGCUGGAGGUUGCUCAUCAAAUGACCGACCUGGACAAAAUCCGCCAAAGUGCGGAGAUAUUUGCCGAAGUGUAUCCCCUUUCGCCGGAGAUUUGGUUGCGUUGGUUGAAAAUAGAAACGGCAAUGGCAUCAUCGCCGGAGCAGCUAACGGAGGUGGACAAACUGUUCCGGCGAGCUCUGGGGGAUUACUUCUCGGUGGAAGUAGCUGCAGAAUACGCGAAUCUGGCCGCUAAAGCUUCCAAGGAGCUCUCGGAAGCGAUUUGGGAUGCGCUGAUCCCCACUUACGGCUUGCACGUGACCAAAGGACGAGUCAUCUUCGAAGCGUACCGGGAAGAUUUUCUGGGUAAAAGCGAGGAGCCGGAGGCGAACCGCUUGAAUCGCCUGGCUCGCAUCUACGAGCAGGAACUGAAAAUUCCGCUCAAGAACAUGGAAGAUUCCUUCAUCGAGUACAAGCUGCUCUGCGAGAAGUACAAGAACAUCCUGACGGAUUUGAAUAUGGAAAAGUUUGAACGACGCUACAGACAAGCGAAGGAACUGCUACAGAAGAUGCUCCCGUUUGAGGAGAGGUUGGUCAAGUUGGAACCGCACUGUCACCAGGAACGGGCGGAUCUGUAUCGGGAGUACAUCCGAGAAUGUCGCUCCCAACUGGGGGACGAUGAAUUGCAAGUGCUGUACGAGCGUUUGGUGGCAGAUUGCUGUCUGGAUCCGACCGUUUGGUGUGAUUAUCUGAAACACCUGGACAAGUACCCACCGGAUGAGGACGAGGAUUCGCCUUCACCGGUUUUCAGCCAAACGGCGGUGGAUUUGGUCAAUAGAGCGCUGAGGAACUGCCCUUGGAGUGCGGAACUGUACGUGGAGAAGUUGAGGAUUUACGACCGGGAGAAGCGUGGCAAGGAGGAUAUUCUGAAGAUUAUGGAGGAGGUGGCGACGGUGGAGUUCCAGGCCCCGGAACCAGCUGUAAAGGUUUGGCUGGAGUAUUUGACCUACUUAAGAAGACAAGCCAAUUACGAGGACGAGAAGGAACGGGACAUAUUGAGGUCGAAUUUCGAGUUGGCCUGGAAUCAGCUGGGCAGAACUUGGGGCGAGCUGGCCGAUCCCGAGUGCAAGAUAUUGCAGUUUUGGGGCAGGCUGGAGUACGGUUCGCUGGGAGAUCCGCUGAAGGGGCGUGAAUUAUGGCAAAACGUCAUGGACAGUUCGGACAAUUGUACCCGGGUGGGGCUGUGGAUUGAAUAUGCAGAACUGGAAUCGCGACGUGGCCUGGAUCCGGUGAGGAAGGUCUACCGGAAGGCCAUCGGAGCUGUAGGAUUGAACGAUCCGGAAACGCUGGCCGCUGCCUGGAUGAGAUUCGAACGAUGCAACGGCUCGCUGGAUCAACUGACCAGCUGCCAGGAACAUUGCAUGGCCAUGAUCCAAGCGUACUACAAGUCUCUCGGACAGCAGCGAUUCCCGAAGGGACGCCGCUCGGACCCAAACAAGGAAUCCGAUCAAGGCGAAUCGUCCAAGAAGAAAAACCUCAAGCGACCACACGAUAAACAACAAUCUUCCGACGAAGAACCUUUCAAGAAGCCAAGCAACAUUCCAAUCGGAACGAAGAAGCCAGACUCAAGCCUGGAAGACACUACGAAGCGUAUCCGGUUGGAUGAACCUAAACCGGUAGACACUGCCAGCGACAGCAAGCGAUUGUUCUUCAGCAAUCUGAGCUUCGACGCUACGGAGGAUCAGAUCAAGGCCACCUUCCCGGAACUGCAGUUCAAAUCCAUUGAACUGGUGCACGGUUCCAGUGGCAAGAGCCGAGGCUUCGGCUAUGCAGAAUUCGAAAACGAACAAGACGUUCAGAAGGCCCUGAGCUUCGAUCGACGUCCUCUGGACGGUCGUCCGGUGUUCAUCUCCUCCCUAGCCAGGGACAAAUCCAGCCGACAGAACAAGUUCAAGUACUCGGAAAAGUUCGAACCGAACAAACUGUUCAUCAAGGGACUCCCAUUCGAAGCGACCCAGGAAGACGUCAGCAAACUAUUCGAACCCUACGGGAAGCUGAAGGACGUCCGGCUGGUUUACUACCGCAGCGGAAAGAGCAAGGGGCUGGCCUACGUGGAGUACGAAACAGAAAUGGCAGCCAAGAAGGCCGUAAUGCAGUUGGAUCAACACAACAUGAAUGGGUUUACCAUUUCGGUGGCCCUUUCCGCUCCUCCACCGAGGGGAAAUCCAACGGCCACAACAACGAUGGAAGUGGAACAACCGGCCAGUAGCAGUCUGGGCUCCGGAAAGCGGCAUGUCGUUAAAGGAGACGUCAAGCAAAAGUUAUCGUCGCUGAUUCCCACGGCUUUACUGAGAAAAACCAUCCCAGCUGGACCACUCGCCGUCGACGCCGCCAGCAAACCCAAGUCCAACGAGGACUUUCGUAAGCUACUCCUGAAAAAGUAGCUCCCUACUUUCCGUUUACCGUUCUAUGUUUUUUCUUGCGUUUUCAUCAUGUUCCUAAAUUAAACAUAUUGUACGUGUGUGUGUCAUAGCCUCGGAACAUUUCUUUUCCGCUCUACCGAGAAGCAUUACCUGAACAACGUAUCCUUACCAAUUACCACCUCAAAUGGUAUAUAUUUUUGUGACUUCAAUGUUCUUAAGCUAACAAUAAACAACCGAUGAUGCUUACCAUUA